ACCCAGUCACCUUUAGCCAGGACACUGAAAGAGACUACGUUUGCUGCUUUCCCUGAGAGACACAACCUUCUGUGUCAAGACAAGACAAGCAGUCUUCUGUCUGAACAGAGACACACAGCCUAGAAAGAGAGACCAAGACCUCUGGAUUUCACCCUCUCAGGGACCUUUCUGCAUUUCUCAUUUUUAACAGAAAAGGCACCAGCCUGGUCUAAGCAGCUGCCUCUCAGGCCGUUCCAGAGGUGUGGUGUGUGACGGGUGAUGGCCGACUGGAGUCUCCUGGGCAACUUCUUGGAAGAGGUGCAGGAGCACUCGACGUCUGUGGGCAAGGUAUGGCUCACCAUCCUCUUCAUCUUCCGUAUUCUGGUCUUGGGCACGGCCGCCGAGUCUUCAUGGGGCGACGAGCAGGAGGACUUCACCUGCGACACGGAGCAGCCCGGUUGCGAGAACGUUUGUUACGACACCGCCUUCCCCAUCGCCCACAUCCGCUACUGGGUGCUGCAGAUUGUCUUCGUGUCCACACCGUCGCUCAUCUACAUGGGCCACGCCAUGCACACGGUGCGCAUGGAGGAGAAACGCCGGCGCAAGGAGCAGGAGGACCAGGGGGGAGGUGACAGGGAGGAAGGAGGGGAGGACGGCGUAGAGGAGAAGCAUUAUCUGGAGCACGGGGGAGAGAAGGGGGGAGAGUGCGGGAAGGAGGGCAGCGGCAUGGGGAGGGUGCGUCUGCGCGGGGCGCUGCUGCGGACUUACGUGUUGAGCAUCCUGAUCCGGACGCUAAUGGAGGUGGUCUUCAUCGUGGUGCAGUACCUCCUCUACGGGGUCUUCCUCAAUGCCCUGUACGUGUGCCACAGCCGGCCCUGUCCCCACCCGGUUAACUGUUAUGUCUCGCGGCCCACGGAGAAGAAUGUGUUCAUCGUGUUCAUGCUGGCCGUGUCGGGCGUGUCACUGUUUCUCAGCGCUGUGGAGCUCUACCACCUGGCCUUUAAGCAGUGUCAGAGGUUUCUGAGGAGUAAACGACAACAGCAACAACAACAGCAGCAACAGCUACUACAAGGACGCACGCCCUCAAGUGCAACGGUCAUCGCCGCUGAACCUGACAGCCCACCCCGUCCGUCCAUGCCCUGCACCCCGCCCCCAGACUUCAGCCAGUGUGUGAGCUCUUCCCCUCACACCCACCCCAUGCACUCCCACCCCCAUCCUAGCUGCCCCCCCUUCAACAACCGGCUGGCCCACCAGCAGAACUCGGUCAACAUGGCCACCGAGCGCCACCGUGUUGUCCACGACGACCUGGGGACGGAAGACUUCCUGCACAUGACCUAUGAGGGGCACGCCGACAUGCCCAACGCCUGCAACCCGCCCCCUUUGCUGCUCCAUAAUGGCUUCCAAAAUGGCUUCCUGAAGGAAAAGAGGCGUCUGAGCAAGACCAGCGGCUCCAGUAGCCGUGUGCGACCCGAUGACUUGGCAGUAUAGCCCCAAUUCCCAACACACACACUGUCCCUGGAUCGUUUCAAACACACACACACACACACACACAAGACUGGGAUGACUAUGGCUCAUCUGUUGUGGGGGACUAAUUUGAACACUGCAUGGCACAAGUCAACGAAGUCACAAAGUGUCAAAAGUUGUGAAACUGAAUAUUCAAGCUAAUCAAAAGUCCUGAAAUACGGAUGCUUGAGGAACAAUUGACAUACACAUUGGCACUUAGAUAUCAUUAGUAUGGGUCUCAGUCAUGGUUUUGAGAAAUGGAUCCACGGGCACAACACAGCUGUAGAGGGGUUAGUGCCUUCAUUUUUAGCCCCCAGGACUAAUCCACUAAUGUGACUGUCUGAGACAUCUGUCUGGUUGCAUCCUAAAUGGCACCCUAAUGCCUAUAUAGUGCACUACUUUUAACCAGGGCCAUUUAGCUUUGGUCAAAAGUAGUGCACUAUGUAGGGGAAUAAGGUGACAUUCGGGACAGAGACAUUGACUCUGACUGCUGUCUCGGAGUCUCUCACUGAGAGACAGGGGGGCCUUGUGCCAGACCUGAGAAUGAGUGGGUCACUGCCACACUAUCAGCUCUGUGACACUGACUGGCUGCUAAGUGGAACAGAUGACAGCCAGUCUGUCACUCAGAGAGAGAGAGAUAUGUGAAGGACGGCUGUCUGUCAGUGACCCACAAACACACACUUAGACGAAUGCUAUGCGUGUGUAGGCUUGCUCUCUCUCACGCAUGCACGAACGCACACACGAACACAUACACUACAUUUACAGAGGCAUGCAGACUUUCAUUGACAUACAAUACAAAUACCCAGACACACCAUGUGAAUCGUGAUGAUGUCAUCACCUCCCACCAGAGAUCCAAUAGGACCUACAAGGAUAACCCAUGGAAUUAGGGUAACAAUGCCUUAUGCUUCAGAUUUAGUACUAUGCAUGGUUAAAGAGAGACAGACAAAUGACAACCUAUGCUGAUCAUGGCUUUGUUGAUGUGGAACCCUCAUUGCUGAAAGCAGACAUCACAAGCUUCCCAGGGUGAGGGGAGAACAUAGUUCAUAGUGCAUAGUCCAGAUACCCUGACUGACCUGGGCCCGGUUUCACAAAAGCAUCUUAAGGCUAAGUUCAUAGUUAGAACCUUCGUAGGAGCAUCGUUAAAUCUCCGACCUGUUUCCCAAAACCAUCAUUAUUAACGUUGCACGUGAAAAAAGGCUUGUAAUCUAACGCCUGCCUCAGACCACUCCUAGAACAGCUAACAGCGUCGUUCUAUGCUUUUUUUGCCCUCCCGCGUCAAUUUAUACACAGAAGAUCUACGCUAAACAUAGAAUCACAUGGUUUAUCCAUCUCUG